AUGAUCCAACAAUUUAGAUGGCACCCGCGAUUAGCGGUAAAACAUUGUCCGACGUCCGGCAAGUCGCAUGUCAGGGAAAUCACAUUGCCCCACACCACGACCAUCUCAUCAAACAACCGCACCAAUAUCCACGCCUCCACCGUCGGCCGAUGCCAUCGUGCCCCUCCGAUCUGCCUUCCGCGGCCGUCGCCGUCCGCAGCCACGCCAUCAUCCUCUCCCCGAGAUCGACCGCAGUCGUUAACGUCGUCAUUAAGGUGUGCUUCUCUCCCUAUCGGUCGCCGCAUCCAGCAGAACAACCGUCGCCAUCCCGUCGUCUUGCGCGCAGAGCACGACGGAGAACAUCGUCAUCGCGACCAGAAGGAUCCGAUCCGGCCGGUCUCAGUGCUAAUCGCCCAUGCUGCUGCGGCUUUCUUCUACUCUCCCUUACCUUCGUCAUCUAUCCAUGACGGCACAGCCAGCCUACUCCCUGAAGUCGAGGAAUCACUGGCCGAUGUUGGUGCUAGAGAGGAUAUGAUGCCGAGUAUUGCACAAUUUCUCAAUGGAGUGCUUGUAUAUUGCAUCAGCUUUCCAAUCUUCAGUCCCUUCAGAAUGUUAGAAGCAAAUUCAGUUGAACAGCUAAUGCUACCAGAUGGAAGAGUGUACUUAUGUUGUACACCAAUGUUCUCAGAAAUGCCCUUCUCAUUUUUGUUCCUUGCGGUGAUAGUGGUCCAGUUAGGAAGGACAACUCGAUCUCAAUCUUGGAAGAGUUCUAUGGAAACACACCAUCAAAAAGGGGUGGCAAUGUACAGAUAUACAUUGAGGUAUUCUCCUGCAUUCCUACCAAAUUUCAGUGAAGUAAGUAAAUCUUUAGGAGAAAACUACAUUUCUGCAUAUGAGAGGGUUAUUGGCAAACAAGCUGCUAGAUUCUGAUCUGGUGGGAACCUUGAUGGGAAUUAGAAUAUGGCCAUGGAUAGUACGAAGAAGAUGACCAGAAUAUUAAGUUUGAGUUGGUCUCAACCAGUUGUGCCAAGUCGUGGAAAGACUGCAGGUAACAUUCAACAUGGUGUUGUGAAGGACUGCGAUGAUGUGUAGGUUGUUCCUCUGGUGACACAAGAGGCCGUUCAAAGAAAGGGGAGAUGCGCGUGGCGUGAGUGACUUAGACCACCGAUGAGGUUUGCUUCCUAUCAUUUGAGUAGCGAUGUAUGCAGGUUCAGAAUAGUUGGCUAUAAACACUUACUUCAAUUAUGUGUUGUAGCCUCUACCAUAUUUCAUAUUUUACCAUGAUUUGUAAUUUAACAUACUUAAUGCUGAAAUCUGCACAAAAGUGGUCACAAUUGGA